AAAUCAUCCUCAUAUUCAAAUAGUCAUAGAUACAAAUCUCUCUUGUCUCUUCAUUAUUUGAAGUGCAUCAAGAAAAUACUAGAAUAUCAAAAUGGAGAAAACAUCCAUCAAACGCAUAUCUUUAUUGCUUGCCUUCAUUCUUAUCACUCAUUGUAAGUGAUGAAUUUCUUUUCACACUUUUUUUCUUAAUUUUUUUAAUGAAUUAUCAGUUUUUUUCUUUCAACCAUUAUUUGGAAAUCAAUGAUAAAAUAAUAUUUAAAUAAAAAAAAGAUUCCCAAUGAUAUAUGGAUAAAUGAAUAUUGUUUCAACUUUGAGUAUACAUCACUAAUAAUAACAUGUUUAUUUUGCAGAUGGAGGAGUGGAGGUGAGGGGAUCUGGAGACAAUUUGUCAAAUCCUCCAUGCAUAACCGUUGAGAACUGCUACGAUUUCUGUUCAAAAACAAUCAGAUUUCCUGAAGUUCAGUGUAAAUGUAUCCAUGGCCAAUGUCAGCUGAUAAGUUCGAUCCCGUCGCCACCACCAAGAAGUAUAUGAAUAAUAGAUAUUUGAUGUCCAUGUUUGACGUUAAUCUAUUUCUUUUUUUGUGGUUUAAUGGGGAAAAAUAAAUAAAUAGUUAUCGUUAUUUUUCAUUUUAAACAUCACACCCUCAUGGCAUUGGUAGAUAGAAACCCUAAAUGUUAAAAGAAAGUGUCAUAACAUAUGAACCCUACGAUACCAAAAUCAAAACAUCAUUGGAGGAAUGGGGAGAGUGGUUGAGUGGGCUGCUACGUGAAUUGGGAAUUUUGUACUUGUUAGGUUUAUGGUCUGGUGGUCCGAUAACUGCAAACUGCAGUCUUGACCUUAUUCAAACAAAGAUAUCAAAUAUCUCAUACUACAAACCAUGGACCAAACCAAAUCAUUCUUAACAGUCAACUGUCAAGACCAAAUUGUGCAGUCUAGUUUGGUCAACGACUUUUCCAUUGGGAUCUGGUCUAUUUUCCCAACCUAUUCACGAUUAUAGAGCAAGUAUCAUAUAGUAAUAUGAGUUAAAUUAUUAAUGAACCUUCUGUGUAUGCAAUUCAAGUAUCACGCCAAGAAAUCCUAUAUAAAAUUUAUAUUGUAAGAAAAUUUUCUAACUUAUAAUUUAAAAGUAUUUGCAAUAUUCAUGAAAAAAUACCUAAAAUUUGGAAUACCAUAUUUAGUCACUUAUUUUGAGAAAGACAAUUAAUCAUAUAGGGUAUGCCUAUGGUGACUUGCAAGUCACUGUAACUUGGAGAAAACGGUCGACCUCUUCUAUCAAGUGGUCGACCACUUUCCAAGAAUAUGGUCGACCUCUUCCACCAAGUGGUCUACCACUUCCGGAAAUGGGCCGACUUGAUGACACACUUACCUUCAAGUGGUCAACCUCUUCCACCAAGUGGGCGACCACUUUUCAAAAAAAAAAAAGGUCGAGCUCUUCCAUCAAUUGGUCUGCCACUUGAGUCAACCGGUCUACCACUUCCGGAAAUGGGUCAACCUGAUGACACAAUUACCUUUAAGUGGUCGACCUCUUCCACCAAGUGGUCGACCACUUUCCAAGAAAAUUGUUUACCACUUCCACCAAGCUGUCUACAACUCGAGGCAACCGGUCUACCUCUUCUGGCAAUGGGUCAACCUGUGACACACUUACAUUCAACUUACAGCUGCUUGUUGGAGGAGGUAAACCACUUUCGCCAAAAAACCCUACCGAUUUUGCAAAAUGGUUUACGUACCUCUUUCGGUGAACGAUCUCCACUUUCGGCCAACGUUCGACCAGAUGACACAAUUACCUUAUACUUACAUUAGGAAAAUAAUGGACAACAGGGGACCAAAAAUACAAAAUUAUUUUUGUAGUAAUGCAACAUCCUAUCAUCUGUGGGCAACCAAAUCCCUACGUAAGCCAAGACAGAAGAAAACACCCUCUUUUAACUCUUCUGGAAUAAAAAUCUACAAAAGCGAUGAUAUGAGAUUUAUGAAUGUUGAAGAUGACACAAUUGUAUAACAAAUAUACUCUAUUUUUUUAGCAUCUUCAUAACAAAAAUAGCAACAAAGUUGAUCCAUCACAAGACAACUAAAGGAUAGAAACAAAAAAAAAACUUCGAAUUUUAAGAAAAAUGAAAGUCUCUAUAAAGUCAAAUAUUUGAAAUAAAUAUGCGGAACAUUUUUCAAAUUUACGAGAGAACAAUCACUCGAGAAACUUUUUAUCUAUGCUUGCAGCCUUUGUACUAAUUUUAAAUAUCUUACUAGCAAGCAUAUCUAUUGUUAUUGGACUCUAAUUAUAUAUGAUGAUAUUACGAACAAUGGUUCAUCAGGUGGAUCAAUUAUUGAAAGAGGUGGACCGCUUGGGGAAAGAGGUAGACCACUUGAUGGAAGUGGUAGACCUUUUAGUGGAAGAGGCUGACCGUUUGUUGAACAUAGCAAAUGAAAAUAGUACAUUUGGUCGACCAUUCCAACAAUUAGGUCGAUCAUUUUGUCCAUAUAGGUCGACCAUAUCAGUGAAGAGGUCGACCAUUUCGUCCAAAUAGGUCAACCAUAUCAAUGAACAUGUCGACCGUUUUGUCCAAGUCACGAUGACUUGCAAGUCACCGUAGCACAAUCCAAUCAUAUAACCGAAAAAGAUACUCACCUCCUUAUCAUAUUGUCCUAUAAAUAGGAGGAGAUUUUAACAUGAGAAAUCGUUAACAUAUCCAAAUAGAUACAAAUCUCAGACCACUUCAUUAUCUGAAUUGCAUAGAAAAAAAUACUAGAAUAUCAAAUGGAGAAAAUAUUCUUCAAACUCGUCUCUUUGUUGCUUGCAUUCUUCCUUAUCGUUGAUUGUAAGUAGCUAGCUUCUCUUUCUCUCUACUUAACUUUAAUCUUCAAACUCAUCUCUUUCAUCUCAACCAUGUUAUUAAAACAAUACUUUACAAGAAAUAUGAACAUAUGUGAUGAAAACAGAUGAUGCUAGGUUUACCCAUUGUAAUACAAGGCGAAACGUUUGCUUUUUUUUUUUUAGAGUCAAACUGAAAAUCAUUUAUAAAAUACGAUAUUAGACAACAAAAAUAUUUCACGAUAAUGUGUAGAUAAAAUAUAUGCAUCACUAAUAACAUGUUUAUUUUGCAGAUGGCGUAUUGGAUUUAGAGGCGAGGGGAUCUAUAGACUACUUGUCAACUCAACAGUGUGAAAUCGAUGAGGACUAGAAUUUACAAUUGUCCAAGCAUUGCGUGUAUGUGUAUCAAGUUGUGCCAUAAAAUAAAUUUGUACAAAAAAGUAUAGGUACAAUCUGAAGUUGUACCAUAACGUAAAUGUACAAUUUUAAGUUGUACCAUAAAGGCAAAACCCUAUAGCACCAAUACUAUAUAGCAUUGCAAAAUUUCUCCACUACUUCAUCGUUAACACCUUUCUCGACGCCAUCACUUGGUCAAUGAAAUUUUCAAAGUAUUUAUUGUAUGUAAGCGCGAUUUGUCAAAUAUUCUACUAGGAAUUCAAAGUCAAGAAUCACAAUUCAAUUCAAUUCAAACCCAAUAAUUCUAACAUUUUGAAAGAUUAUAAUCCUUAACCCCAUUGGGUAAUUUGAUCCACUCCACAUCCCAACAUAAGUUUUUACGGGAAGUCGACAUAUAUAAAUGUCAUUAACUAUAAAUAAUAUAUUAUUGUUUGAUAUGGACUAACAAUUACUUUGCACAUUGCAAUCUCCAACUUGGAAAUUAAAAUAGUUAAUUUCCAACAAAGAUUCGCUUGUGGAAUAGUUACUAGUUAAUUACAAGGCUCAAGACUCAAGCGUGAGAAAUAUUUAAGUCAACAGUCAAUCCGGCAAACCUUACUUACUACAGAUCGAAGAAAACAAAAACGAGUCUUUUUCGGGUCUUUCAAAUAAUAAACACAGAAACGACCAAUAAAUUCAUUUCCUUUCCUUUUAUAUUGAUUAGAUUCAAUCAAUUUUGUCAAUAAAGGUUCACAGCACAUUCGUGACAACUAGGAUUAAUGGCAAUGAGUAGGUCGGAUCAGAUACUUCGAUGUUCAUAUCUGUCUCGUGACAAGUGCAGCUAAAUUAUUCAAGAAAUUGAGGUUCUCACCUAUUACAAUUUUAUUAUAGCUAAAAUAUUGGGCGAUGCAAUCAAAAUCAUAAGAAUUACAUGUAAUUAAGGCAAAAACAGGCCAGAUAUGAGGCAUGUCAGGGCGAGUCAAGUAGAGGAUAGUAUCAUGGUUUCCCUGCCCCCUGCGUUGGUGCGGGUUUUACCCAUCCCAAAACAAGUUGGGUAAACAGGUCGGCUCGAAAUUGUCGUCACUAGUGUGAACAUGAACAUAGGGGGUGUGAAGCCAACGAAUCUAGUGUGGAAACUCUAUCAUCGUUGGAUGGACACGAUGACAUCUUAUUUACAAAAUUACAACCACUUUCAUCCAACGUUGCAAAUUGUGCAUAUAUGAUUUCGACGGUCAUGUAUGUUUGCGUACAGAUUUUUACAAUACGACCUGUAAUUAAACACCAGAAUCUGGUUAAGAUUCUACAUGUUUAACUUUAUUGCAUGAUUUUCUCUCCCCCAGAAUCCCGGGUCUUUUCGUACGUUUAUGUUUUUGUCAAUAUAUUCUUUUUAUCAUGGAGUCCUUUUCAAUCCAUGCAAGGAAGCUCACGGUGGAAAUUGAUUGUAUAGUGUGAACUACCUGCCGACAUGCACCAAUCCUUCGCUUGAGCACGCCAAAGACCGCAAAGUCAACAUGACUUGGAAAAAUUAACCCACAAAUCUCUAAGUACAUGUUAUAAACGCGCUGCUACGGAUCGGGAAAUCGCCGGAAUCGAUAAAGUAAGAAUACGAAAGCGAGAAUCGAAAAACACAGACACAUGAUUUACGUGGUUCACUAACACGAUGUGUGUUAGCUACGUCCACGGGCGAGAGAGAGCCAGUUUCACUAUAUUGAGGAUAUUACAGAGGAGUAUGAGAAGUAUUUAUAGUACUUUUUUUUUUUUUGCCAUAGAUCGGGAAUGAAAUAGAUAUUACAGGACGCUAGAAAACCAGACGCGACAGUCGACACAAUAUCGAGCUGUCGAUGAAAGGGCAUUAGAAGCCACUAAGUGGGCAGCCCUGUUGUACAACCUCUAUGUAAAAGUACAAAUAAAGAAAUUAAAAGACACAGACGCCAAACAAAUCUCUUCCAAGAUCACUCCACCUGUCGCAUGCGCCACAUCACGAGAUUGAAUCAUAAUGGAUGGAUACUUGUAUGGUCAAGGGAAAACUACGUGCCCCCCUGCAAAAACAAACAAACCCACAAGCGCCCAUAGAGGAGGACAACUAAGCUCCACCGAAUGGACUUAAACAAGCCAUUGAGGCUUAGUCAGAAACUCCGUAUCAAAAGCUAACAAGGUCAAAAGAAAAACAUUUUUUAUUACUUUUUUUUUACAGUAAAGUUAAUGAAAAGUUUAUAAAUACGCGCAGUUAAGGAAAAUAAAUUAAAAGAUUUUAGAAUUAUAAUUCUGGAAAUAAAUAAAUAUUAAAAUUAGAGAGGAAAGAAAAAGAACAAGCGUAUCUGAAACGGAUCGCAGUUGGAAACGCCUCUGGAUUUGUAACCGAUGCUUUGGAAUUGUAACCGUCGGACACCAAAACUGAAUCCUCAUAAAGUGUAACUGCCGGCCGUCGGGAUUCGCAUCGUCGGAAGCAAACUUGGGGACGCCGGCGUAAAGGUCGUCGCCUUGCGGGUGGUUGAUGAUGGUCCCGGGCCUGAUACCCCCGCCCGGGCUCGUCGAGAAGAGGCGGUUCUUCAUCGAAAUUAGCAGCGGAGGGAACGGGGCCUCCACCGAUGGCGCCGCUGCAGUAGGAGGCGGUGGGUUUGUUUUCAGGAGGAGCGGUGCCGGAGGAAAUCACGGACUUGAGGACCUGCGGAUCAAUUCUGGAAAUGGCGCCCUGGAUAUCUCGGAGGCUCCUCUGGCGGCGGAGGAGGCGGUAGGAGCGAGAUUCGGAAGGAGUGCCGCCAUUACUCUGCGCGCCCAAGAAAUCGAGUGCCGCCAUUACUCGCGAGGGGUGAAGUUGUUUAGGUCGAUUUCCACCAAACCACAUAUUUGCAGUAAGUAUUUAUAGUACUUCUUCAUGUGGGUCUAAACCUAAUCCAAUCUGGCAAAGGAAACGGUUACAGACCAGGCCCAGAGACCCCCGAUUACCAGUCGUAGCGGCUGAUAGUCCGAUCCAAGUCACAUCAACAGUACACUACACAGGAAGUUAUAUAUCUCAAUCGUAUAACUAGUUUCAUAUUCAAACAUUUAUAAGUUAAGUUUGCAAAGGUUCGAGAGGUUUGAUGGCGCUGAGUUAUGUACUUCUCAUACUUCUUUAUAAUCUCUAAUGCGUAAUCUCCUCAAAUAUAUUGAAAUUGAUUCUCUCUUUCGUGAACUAGCUAGUAACACAUAUUGUGUUAGUGAACCAAAUAAAUUUGUGUGCAGUGCAAUCAAAAUUGUUAUUUUAU